CGUGCGAGGAAGGCGAAGCUGUCUCGUCGGCUGUGCUAUUUUCAUCGGCGCGCUACUGCUGGCCCAGAUUCGAUGCGACCGUCACGACGUGAACGUGAUAUUCGAGUUGUUUGCGAGUUUGCUGGGCCUCCCGGCUCGUUGUACGCCUUCUGCUUCGAUCGACAUUAAUUCCGUGCAAAGUUUUCCGCCGCCGUCCGUUGACCGUGUCUUGUGCGCGCGAAUCCUCAAACGAAGUUUCUCGAGAUACGGGUGAGCGAUUGUUGUUGUGUUGUAGACCUCUUGAAGUUGCUCGAAGUUCGUCCGUCUCUUUUUCUCUCUCUCUCAAACCUCUCUCUAGAGAGAGCGUGUUUUUUUUUUUAUGACCCUACGGGGAUUCCUGACCAAGUGAAAUCUCAUCGUGUACGACACACACUGUGUGCAAGUGCCUGCUCGUAAGAUGUGACUUCUCGGCGUGUACCGUGUGUGCCUACCCCUCACGUCGUUUCUCGAACGCUUGAACAACUCUGUGACGCGCGAGUUCACUUCUGUGUGUUGUAACGUAUUUUCCUGUCGUAUUCGCUGUGCAGCAAGGGUACGGAGGCUAAACGUACACCUUUUGUCACGGUGAUUGCGUGGCUCGUCGUCAAAUGACCUUAAGUUUCCUGGUGAGUGCAUCCUCACAUACAUGGAGUUUCAGCUGGAUAGCGCAGAAUACUGCCAGGCUCAACACAAAUAGAGAGACACGCCCAAACAUCCUAGAAUCAACUAGGUAUUAUUAAAGGAAAAAGAAAAAAAAAAACAAAACAUCAUAAUCAGGCAAAGGAAAAUUUGAUAAUAUUGGGAUCGUUGCCUCAAAGUUAAAAAAAAAAAGAAGAAGAAAAAAUCAUCAGCUAGUCAUCAUACGAAACAUAGAAGAAUUAAAUAGAAUCAAUUGUUAAUUUACAUAAUUAAAUGCAAGAAUUGUAGAUACUGAGCGCACCUGAUUCAGGCGCACCCAGUGCCAAAUAGAUAAUCUUCCGAAUUGUAGUCGAGGAUCCCAAGUGGGAAUCAAUCGCAUAUCAAGAACGCCUAAUGUAACGUAGCCCUCACUCUUUCAGUGAAAUUCGCACCCUACCAACCCUUUCCGAGGUCUACAUGUAAACCCAUUGUUCUGUCCUCUGUAAAAAAAUAACAAAGUAUUCAAUUAGUUAAAUGAAAAACAACUUUAUAAGACUGACAUCUAUGGGCUAAGUUGUCAAAUUCAGCCUUUAUCGCUUGGGUAUAGUGUGGCACACAUUGCAGAAAUAAAGAGAAACAGUGUCGUACAAAGAAGUCAUUUGAAGAAAUUAUAGAAGAAUACACACAGGAGUAGGAGUUUUUUUUAUUUAUCGCUUGUUGUCCAAGAGGAAAUGAGCAACAUGAGGGUGAAGGAUAUCAGACCCGAGCCCGCCGAGAUUGAAUACAAAAACAUGAAGUUCCUCAUCACUGAUCGGCCCAAUGAUCAGACCAUUCAUACUUUUAUUCAAGAACUGAAAAAGCACAAUGUAAAAGAAGUAGUGAGGGUGUGCGAACCAACGUACAAAGUUGAGGAACUUAAAGCUGAAGGGAUCAACGUGGUGGACUUGGUGUUUGACGAUGGCACUUUUCCACCGAACGAAGUCAUCGAUGAAUGGUUUGAACUGCUAAAAAAUCGAUUCCGCGAGUCACCUGAUGCAUGCGUGGCGGUGCAUUGCGUUGCAGGACUCGGUAGAGCACCGGUUUUAGUUGCGCUUGCUCUUAUCGAGCUUGGAUUAAAGUACGAGGAUGCAGUCACGUUAAUCAGGGAUAAAAGACGAGGCGCCAUCAAUUCGAAGCAGCUGGCCUAUCUUGAAAAGUAUCGUCCCAAAUCUCGGUUGAAGCUCAAAAAUGGACAAAAGAACUCCUGCUGUGUCCAAUAGAUCAAACGAUUUUUUUUCCUUUUUUUUUUUCUGUGAAAAGUUACUAAUUCAUACUGAUUGGUAUAUCUAAUUGUAUAGGUUUUCGCGCCUGAUAACAAGAGACAUAAUUGUAUCGACUCUGUUCUGAAAGGCCUAUCAAUGGAAAUGCAACCGAACUACUUAAACUAAAGAAAUUUUUACAGGCAUACUCUUUCGUCGUCUUAUUCUCUAAAUCGAACAGUUGAAAAGUGAUUUAUUUGCAUUCUUCGUUUUACGAAAAUUUUUGUAUUUAUGUUUUAUACUAAAUUAACGUUGCAGAACGAACGGGGAGACCUUCUUGCACGUGAUCAGAACAGUUAAUUAAAUUAGAAUGGAUCUGAUCGUGAUUUGUACAAUAAAAUAAAUUGGAUCAACUUUAUGCUUUAUACGGUAAUACUUUGGGUGCCUCGUUUAACAUUAUUACGUAUAGGUAUUCUAGAAGGCUGCAUUUACUUGGUCCAAGAUAAUAAAACAUGCAAUACUUAAUUAAUUAAUUGAUUAAUUAAUUUGUAAACAGUAGUUAAUACGUUAUUUAUGUUAAAUAUUUUAAAAACGAAGCAAGGACGUGGAAAUUAGCAUGAUUUCUUUUUUUUCUUUGUAAGAAGGAUGGUUUUUUCAGUACUGCGAGUGUACACAGCCGUCAUGAUGAAGCGUAGUUUAGAGAUAUUAGUGCAAUAAGAAGUUACGUUUUCCCAGUAAGAUUGAUUACAGAAAAAUGCAUAAAUAUCUUGUCAACACUUUUUAAAGUGAUUUAAUGUGUUUGCCUUUAGAUUACUUUGACCAGAUUUUUUUUACAGGUGUUUUGCAUAUAACUAGAAUGAGAAAUUAUAACAUGAUACUUACAUGAUUUUUUUCAGAUAAAGAUCGGAGUAACGUAUUCAUUACAAAACGUAUCUCCUUAACAGUGCGUGGUUUAUGCAAUAUAUUAUUUUCACUUGAAAUAGUUCGCAAGUAUUUCGCAGUAUGUUGCAGUUGCAACAUUUAAAUUAACCAAUUAGCGUUGAACUACAAUGUAUAUUUUAAUUACUGCUGCAUCUGUUAAGGAGAUAUUGCAAAAUACAAUCAAUAAUACAUGGAUUCAUAGGUAGAUCAAAUCUUUGAGUAUCAGUUCGGAAACAUUUUAGCACAAUAUACAAUAGAAAAAAAUAUUGCGUUGCAUUUCCAGUGGCAUGCCAAACUGAUGGGUAUUCUUAACUUCUACUGGACUUGAAAUCUGCGUUAACUUGAAAUAUCGAAAUAUUGCGAAACAAAGUGAAGUAAAUCACACCAGAGUUAUAUAUCACUUUUAUCGUAGCUUAACGACAAUUUCACCAAAAUAUUUUUAAACAUCCACUUUUAUUCGACAAAUUUUAAAAGGCUGCAUACGCGUUUUGUGUGAAGCAUCUAUUGUAAUGGUAAUUCACGAAUUUUGGUAAAAUUGUCGAUGACGCUGUACGCCACACUAAACUGUGUUCAAAAAAAAAAAAAUAGAAGGAAAAAAAAAAGAAGAUUCGCUCCUAAAAUAAUGAAUAUAAUACUUAGAUUCAUUUCAUGCGUCUGUCGAUUUAACGUGAAUGUACGCACGUUUCUACAAUGUAUUUAUGAUAUGUGAAUUGUUUUUAAUAUUUUCGUACUUGGCAGAGAAUUGUGUACAAGAGUGAUGUGAACUGUCGUUAGCUGUUUGUAUCGUUAGUUUUCUUUUCAUGAUUAGCAUGUAAGGUAUGACAUUUUUCUACGAAACUGACUAAUCAAUUAAUUGCGCGAUUGUUGCGUCACCAGUGAUCAAAGAUUUGCCAUUUUUGUGCAUAAUUAUUCUUUUUUAGGUAAACCAAGUACAUUCACUGUGAUCGCAGACUAGGAAUGAAAUUUGAACCUGGUACAGCUCCUUUUUUGUAAUGUUAAAAAAAAAACACUGCAAUAUUUUU